GCUGAAAGGAAACCAGUCCCACAGUUACAACUUACAUCAAAAAUAAUUGGCUCACUACACUAAAUGUCAUGUUUAGCUGAUUGAAAGCCCAUAAAUGUGGCCCAAAAGCUAGUGAAUGAACUCUGAAAUCAGAUUACGAGUAAAGCGAACUCUUCCCACGUGUAUAAAUGCUUACAAAAGUUUUAAGUGCACAGACAAAAAUUAAUUAUAUUUUAUGAAAUUUUUAAACAUCAAAUCGAUGUCAAAUUUGAAUGAAUAUGGAUACAGUAUCACCUUCAAACCAUUAUAAGAAGUUCUAAUUAGUAUAUUUUUUUAUAAUUAAUAUCAAGGACGACAUGUAUUUGAGAACAAUGUUUCCCUGCUUAGUUUCCAUUAUGACGCUCUGCGAUGACUGUUUGUUUGAGCCUGCCCGAAAUGGGCACAUUAAUGGACAGAUUGUCGGCUCGUUAGGUUUGAUUGGCUUCUGGCUAACAGCGAUCAGAAAUCCGCAAUAUGGCCAAAAUGCUGCUGUGUCGCUGCUGUUGUCAUUAGUUGUCCACAAGCGAGAUGUCAAAUGGCAAGUGAUUUGUGGGACAAUCUGGUCGGUGCGGCAAGUGAAUCGAAGAUGGAACUUGGAACCGAACUCGGAUCAAUGGCUAACUGGCUGCUUAUUCCCCGAAGAGCACUUCGCAAUUAGCUUUACAUAACCUGACCCACUCAAGACUCAUUCGUGACCAAGGAAAGUCAGUUGGGUACAACAAAGUCGUGUGGCUCAUUAUUUUUCGGGGGACCCGACCAUCAAAAGUGAUAGCUGAGAAAGUGUGAGGCUCCAGAAUAAUUUGGCCUUAAAUUAAUCCAGGCCAUAGUAGUCACGCCCAAAACGCCGCAACCUGGAGCUUAUAUAAAAACCAUAUCACUUGCGAUUCAAUCAGUCAGUUAUUGGUCAAAAUGUCAACCAAGCGGAUCAUAGCCCUUUUUGGAUUGUUAACUAUCCACCAGACCCACGCGGAUGUGUCGCACUUCUUUGCUUCGCCAUUGGAACACUACGGGAACUUUCUGCAUGGCCAAGUGCCUUUCCAGGUGGCACAUUCGCCUCCGAACCUAUAUGGUCCCCCACCAGCUGCUCCCAUAACUCCUGCCCCAGUGGCUCCUGUGCCUCCUGUGGCCACCACCGAAUUCAGUCUGCCGGAGAUCAUUGAGAACCGCAGUGUGAAGAUUCAGGGAUCCGGACAUGGCAACUUUAUACCUCUGAGUCAGCACUACCUACCGCCAGCUGUGGAUGAGCGACCCAACUAUGAAAGUCCCAAACCAAGCGAGGAGACUUAUCCAGCUUACUACUAUCCGCAACCUGGAGGCAGCAUCAUUACCACCUCCACACCAACCACUACCACCACUUCGAGACCCAUCAUUGUACAAGAUCCUGGAGAGGAUGUGGAGACGAUACACUCGCCAGGCUACGACUAUCAUGCCCCAGUGGCUGUUCCGGUUUUCCCCCAGCAGCCUGCUUCCACUCCUGCUCCAGUUUACCUGCCGCCCAGUGAUGGAAGCCAGGACCAAAAUCAACUGAGACUCCGGCUCAAGGACAUGCGUUGCCUUUCGGCGGGCUACUUCCGGGCUGUUCUCAAGUUGGACAGCUUUUUGGGAGCGGCACCCACUGUGGACCAGGACAACGAUGAUCAGCAGGACAAGCGUUGCGAACUGCGGCUGUCUCGAAGUUUUCUGCUUUUGGACAUUUCCGGCGAGAAUUUCGAGCGUUGUGGUGUGAGAACCUGUGGCCAGGAUCUUUGCCUGCGUCUGCGAUUCCCCGCCAUCAGAGGAUUGAGAACCAGUGGCGAUUCAAUCCUAACCCUACACUGCAAGGCUCAAGAGCGGGUGGCCGUGAAAACGCAUGCCCUGAAAAUGGGCGUGGCCAAUGAUGUCCAAGCCCGCAGUGGAGGUAGCUACGCCCAUGGAGGAGAUCAAAACGCCUUCCGCACCCACGUGGAGCUGUUGAGAAAAGGAAGCACUGGAUACACCCGUCAUCUGGAAAGCAACGGCGCCGUCCAGUUGGGCGAAGAGCUCCUCCUGAGAGCACACGUUCUGGCCGGAGAUGGCUGGAACUACACCAAACUCAGUGACGUUCAGCUGCAGAGGAUUGCAACAGGAGGAGAAAUCCUCAACACGGUUCAGUUGGUCAGUUCGAGGGGCUGUCUAAAUCCCGCCAUGCAGGCCAUCUGCGCACAUCCACCCAUCUCGGAACCACCGCUCGGCCAGAGGCUGCACUUCAAGGCGGUUAUGUUCCCGGGCAUGCGAAGUGGAGAGGUUCUGGUCAUUUCCAUGCGCAUCACCGGCUGUUUGGAACGCGAGGAUUGCCAGGUGACGGCCCAAGAUUGUUUGCCAUCGGUGGGCCAACGGAGGCGACGGAACGUCUCACACGGCAAUAGCACCGAAGUCUCGGAACUGUCGCAUCUCACCUUCCGGGUAAUAAUGCCCGGUGAAGAGGAUAUAUCUCUGGAGGAGCGGGAUAUUGGGAUAGGUGAUUCGGGGGUCAGAGCGACAUCCAAAUCACUAGCUCUCUUUGGGAGUUUGGGAUUUGUGGUGAUGCUGCUGGGUGUUGCUGUUGUGGCAUUGUAUAAAUUUGGAAAGUAGUUUGUGCUGCACUAAUUAUCAAGCCAACAGCUUUUUAUAAAGAAGAAGUUGAACAAUGACCCUAGGCGUUUA